AUGCGAGCUGCGUCACGGAUUCCCAUCUUCACGCAUGACAUCCAUCUUUCGCGCUCUGAUGCGCCGCAAGUCCUGCAAGGCAUGCUGCAUACGAUCUGCUUCGUGCGCAUGCUCGGCCUGCUCCAACCCGACACGCAAGUGAUCAAAGGCGUAUCGAUGCCGUACGUCAAUGAUGUUGCCACACAGGCGCGUAUCGCGCGCGCGGCGUGCGACAUGUUUGAUGCGCUAGACCACAAGAGGAGCAAGCAGCGCAGCACCGUGUGUGUCGAUGUCGUAGUGGGAUGGCAUCGGCUCUUGGCGCCGCCAAAUGACACCGACACUCAGCCUACCCGUACUGCGUCACCUGAGCCAGGGAGCAUGCACUAUGCCGUCUUUGAGUCGCCGUACUCGUGGCUGGCUUCCGCACUCGCUGGCGGGCGUACGACGACGCAUCUUGAGACGCGCGACGAGCGCUCUACGCAGCGUCUCUUGCCACGCGACGCGUCCCUAGACUCGCGUGCCAGUGAUGUGUUUGAGCAGUGGGUCCUGAGCCUGCACAUCCACUACGACCAAGAUGAUACGAACCUGUCCGAGGCGCUCACGGACUACGUCAUGGCGGCUGUCUCAUUCGCCAACGAGCACCAGGACAAGCUCCCGGCCGUCACAGACACGGCCGUAUGCCCCUUCCCCUUCACCAUGAACAGCACGGUCCGUGAACGCUAA